AUGGAGUACCAUGCCAUUGUUUCGAGACAGGAAGGGGGGCCGCCGAUGAUGCCAGCUCGGUCACCAGAAUACAUGGCUGAGAACCAGGCUGGACGCCUGCUGGCAGUGGAAGGUUCCUUGUUCGCGUUGUCGACAGCCGCUAUACUGAUGCGAUUCUACGUCCGGAUCUUCAUGCUGAAGACCUUUGGUUGGGAUGACGCUAUGAUGGCGAUUGCUUUGGCUCUUAGUUCCACCACCUUGGGACUAUUCUUAAAGGUCAUCGGUCUGGGUCUCGGAAAACACGCCGAAGCCUUCCCACUGGAGAACAUAUUCCCAUUUUUCAAAGUCAUGUACUUCUACUCGAUAUUCAUCAUCGCUGCCUACAGCUUCAUCAAGCUCUCCAUCGGAUUCUUCUUGUUGCGACUUGCGGACCGAACCAAAUGGCGGCCAUUCCUUAUCGGCAUGCUGGUCUUUAUUGGUGUUUUUACCAUUGGUUCGACCUUUGCUAUCAUUUUCCAAUGUAUUCCGGUGCAAGCAGGGUGGGACUACACCCUACGCCCACCGACCGGAACUGCAAAAUGCUACGACGCUAAUAUCUUUAAGAACGUUGGUGUCUUCAACUCGUCCAUCAACAUCGCCACCGAUCUGCUUUUCGCUCUGAUUCCCAUACCAAUGGUGUGGCGGUUGCAGGUUACAAUCCAAACGCGCAUUGGGUUGGCAGUCAUCCUGAGUCUGGGACUUUUCGCCUCUGCAAUAGCCAUCUACAAAACACCGAUGCAGUACAACUUCUUCAAAAUUACGGAUUGGUCCGGUGACGGAGCAUGGUAUUAUAUCUGGCAGCAAGUCGAAAUGCACGUGGGCAUCAUCGCCGCCUGUCUACCUACCAUGAAACCCCUUUUCGCGAACUUCUUCGGCCAAAUGCGUUCCCUCGCUACAAAAGGCCGCACCACUGGGUCCAACGGCCUCAACAGCACGCCUUUCCGUUCCAAUGGAUACAUGAAGCAAGAUGACAUGCGCCCCGGUAACUCAUUCGCUAUGAAAAACAUGAGUGAAAAUUCCUCGUCGACCGGCCGGGACCCGUAUACUGAGGACGCUGUGCUGGGUAAGGAUACAUAUCAUGCCGAGGCGGGACGGGGAAGGGGAAUGAGCAGACCGAGGAGUCAAGCUGGGGAGAGCGAUGAAAGUAUCUUGGAUCAUGAGGUUGGCAGGGGUAACAGGAGGAGUGUGCUCCCCAGGGGUAUGACGAUCGUAAGGACAACCGAGGUAAACAUCUCGAGGUAG